AUGCCGCGCGACAUGACUGGAGCCGGGAGGUAUCCUCCACAGCCAAAGUUUCAACCCUUUGCGUUUUAUUCGUGUUUCCGUCUCGGAGAUCCCGAACAAGCCGAAUUGAUUAUGGAGACCGAUCCGUAUUUUUGGACCCAAGAUAACGGUGCGGGAGGACCAAUUCACUUCGCCACGACGUACAAACAGCUCGACAUGGUGCACCACAUCGUGAGAAACGUUCCGUCAUGCGUCAAUCAAAGGGACGGUAAGGGGUACACUCCGUUACAUCGAGCGGCGUAUCUCGCGCAAUACGACGGGUACCUCGAACUUUUUGAGUAUUUACUCUCGGAAGGCGCCGAUCCUACGAUCACCACCAACGACUACGACCCGUAUUUGGACCCUGGUUUGAAAACUCCGCUUCAAGUCGCGAUUCAAGACGACGACGUGAGAGAUCGUUUGCAGUUUCUCAUCGACAAGUACGCCGACGUCCCGAAAAAGCCAAGAUGCCAUCCGGAUCUUGGCUGCUGGUGGACGCUUUACGAUUACGGCUUGGACGUCGUGCAAACUUGGGCGCACGACUACAAACCGGACUAUCCCGAAAGCCGCAGACGUCAAAAAGCGUUGGAAGAAAAGCGCCUGUUCAAAGAGCAACGUCGCAAGAAGCGUCAAGAGCUGGAGGCGCAAAUCGAGCUCGAAAUCGCCGAGGCGAAAGGCGAACUCAAAAACAUCACGAUAAAAGACGGGAAGACGGACGAUUCCGUCAUCGAUCCAUCGACGAUGAACAACUCUCCGAUUGCGUUUCUUUUCCCCGGUCAAGGCUCGCAAAGCGUUGGCAUGUUGAAAAGUUGCCAAGACAUCCCGAAGGUGAAGGAGAUGUGCGAAAAAGCGAAAGAAAUUCUCGGAUACGACAUCUUGGACGUUUGCAUCAACGGGCCGAAAGAAAAGCUCGACGAAACCGUGUACGCGCAGCCGGCGUUGUAUCUCUCGGGACUCGCCGCGGUGGAAAAGUUAAAACUCGACGAUCCUUCGUUCGAUGAGUCGAAAGUGAGCGCCGUCGCCGGUUUAUCCUUGGGCGAGUAUUGCGCUUUGGUCUUCGCGAAAGCGAUUUCUUUCGAAGACGGUUUAAAAGUCGUCAAAGUUCGCGCCGAGUCUAUGGCCGCCGCCGCGAAAGUGGGUGAUCACGGCAUGCUUACCGUUGUCGGCUUGAAAGACGAGCAGUUGGAGGAGAUUGUCAAAAACGUCAAGAGCGAAGGAAAGAAAGACGAAGUCCUCGAAAUCGCAAACUACCUCUUCCCGCAAGGAAGAGUCGUCUCUGGCGACAAAUCCGCGCUCGCGAGAGUAGAAAAGAAGGCGCAAGACGAGGGUGCGUUGAAAGUUGCGUAUCUGGCCGUUUCGGGUGCGUUUCAUACCUCGCGCAUGGACUCCGCCGCCGAAAAUCUCAAAAACGUCCUGGAGACGAUUGAGAUUUCGAAACCAGAGAUUCCCAUUUUCAUGAACGUUCUGGGCACUCGUCUCGCGUUAUCGGAAAUGAACAAGGAAUCCAUCGUUCGCAUGCUCACGAAACAACUCGUCUCGCCGGUUUUGUGGGAAGCGACGUUGAAGAACUUAGUAAGCGAGGGCAAAACGAAGUUGUACGAGCUCGGACCAAACUCGCAAAUCAAGUCCAUGACCAAACGCGUAUCUUUAGACGUCUGGAAAGAGUUUACGAACAUCGAUGUCGCCAAAUAA